AUGACGGAAUCAGACGACGUAUUUGUGGAGUCGUCGCAGAUCGAAGAAACACCGCAGAGUGACCAUGUGCGAAUAUUGGUUGCUACUGAUUUGCAUAUAGGAUUUGCGGAGAAAAUUUUGGGUCGUGAUGAGGAUUCGAUAAGAACGUUUGAAGAAGUUUUACAAAUUGCUAACAGAGAAGAAGUUGAUUUCGUCUUGCUGGGCGGUGACUUAUAUCACGAAAAUAAUCCAUCUCGUGAAAUGCAGCACCGCGUGACACGAUUACUUCGUCGUUACUGCCUGAACGAUCGUCCUGUGGCUCUUCGCUUUCUAAGUGAUCCUGCCGUAAAUUUUGCACACAGUGCUUUCGGCAAUGUAAAUUACGAGGAUAGAAACAUUAACGUUGGUUUACCGAUAUUCACAAUACAUGGAAAUCACGAUGAUCUUACUGGAAAGGGUUUAACAGCGUUAGACGUGUUACACGAAUCAGGCCUCCUCAACUUGUUUGGUAAAUUUGAAGAAAUUGAUCAAUUUGUUGUUUCACCGCUACUUUUGAUGAAAGGAAAAACGAAAUUAGCACUGUAUGGCAUUGGCAGUCAAAGGGAUGAUCGCUUGUGUAGAGCAUUUCGAGAAGAGAAAAUUCGAUUUUUACGCCCCAAAGAAGAUACGGAGUCAUGGUUCAAUAUAUUGGUUUUACAUCAAAAUCGACCGAUGCGAACACGUGAACGAUCAACUGGGGGACACCUGCCCGAAAAUCUUAUUCCAUCAUUUUUUGAUCUCAUUAUUUGGGGGCACGAGCAUGAGUGUAAAAUUGAUCCGCAGUAUUACGAGAAUGGUGUUAAUGUUUGCGGUGAUGGUUUCUAUAUAAUACAGCCGGGUAGUACCGUAGCUACUGCGCUUUCAUCAGAAGAAGCUAAACCAAAGCAUAUUGCUCUUGUAACAGUUAGUGGGCGCAAGUUCUUUUCUCAAAAAAUAGCUCUGGAAACACCUCGGCAAAUGCUUUUUGCUGAUUUAGGAAUCACUAUUAAUCCACCUUCCACUGCUUCAAAGAAUAGCCGACCAAAAAACAUGCCCGAUGAAAAAUUAAUAGCAGCAGAAGUUGAGAAAAUGUUGACAGAAGCUGAAAAAGUAAGAACGACAAGGCAAGCGUAUCCUCCGUUAUUGCGCCUUCGAGUAACCUAUCCUGAAUCAUGGGCUAAUAUUAUGAGAUUAAAUUGUCGACAGUUUGGUGCUACAUAUGCAAAACGGAUAGCAAAUCCAUCUGAUAUGAUAACCGUUAAAGUAAUAAAAUCAAAAAAAGAAGGAAAGAAAAGAGAAGGAGAUUUCAAGACUGUGACAAAUAUAGAAAGAGCAGCAACGGUUGAAGAAAUUGUUAACACUCAUUUUGCUGCACAGGAUAACGAUACACUUAUGGUGCUCGAUACGGAAACAUUGAACGAUGUUGUAAAAUUUCAAGUUGAACAGGAAGAUGGAAAACGAGUUAAAAACAAGCCACUUAUUGAAAAUUUAAAUGUUAAAAAGAAGAAAUUGAUUGAUGCUCUUUGCAAAGUUUCAUACGACGAUUUUCUCUCCUUCGAUAAAAUUGUGAAAAAGCCGAUGCAUAUAGGGAACGGGAAUUAUCGUCAAAGUGUUAUUGUCGAUUUGCAAGAACAAAUUGAUUCGAUUGCUCCCAAUAAAUAUUUCACGCAGGUUGCAGCUGCUGGCAGUAAAGGAUAUGUUUAUGAUGUUUCAGUGUUGAAAAUUUUUGCAAUCGAAGAGAAUGGAUUCAGUUUUGUUGCUGAUUUUCGUUCAGUACGCAGUCGGCGAUUGAAUUUAAUGUAUUCAGCAAGCCAUGUAUCGUGGAGUCAUAUAAUCGAUAAUAUCAUAGCUACAACAUCAACGAAUGGAGCUGUGGUCUUGUGGAAUGUCGAUAAAGCGGCCUUGCGUAUUAUUUUUUCCAGUAUUUUUAGAUUUAAUAAGCGAAAUAAUGUGAAAAGUAAUCAGUUUAAGAACCGUACCUACAAAGCACAUACUCGUUCAGCGACCAAAGUAUGCUUUCAUCAUACUGAUCGCAAUACAUUGAUUAGUGGAGCCAAAGAUGCAGCAGUGAUUCAGUACGAUUUUCGAAUGCCGGAACCGGUCAAAAAAUUUAUGAGUGGUUCAUGUGACCCUAUCCGUGAUAUGCAAUUCGGUAUUCAUCCUAGUCACUAUGACAUAUUUGUAGCUGCAGAUGAUGGUGGCUCUGUGCGUUUCUGGGAUUUACGUAAAAAUGAUCGACCAUUACAUCAAUUUGUAGCGCAUCAUGGUCCAUUUAGUGUUGCACUAAAUCCAAAUUACGACGAUCAGAACUUGAUUGCUACCGCUGGCAGAGAUAAAUUUAUAAGAAUCUGGAAAUGGUUUGAUCGUUCCGAAAGUCAAUUAAAUUCAUCAAUGUAUUCGGUGGAAGCUACAGCAUCUGUUUCCCGAGUUUACUGGAGGCCAAUGUACAAAUACCAGGUAGCUAGCUGUUCAGUGGUAAGCGAUAUAAAUAUACACGUUUGGGAUAUACGAAGACCAUUUUUACCUUUUGCAAGUUUCGAUGAACAUCGUGAUAUAUGCUCUGAUCUGGCUUGGAAAGAAGAUGAUUCAGAAAUAUUUCUAUCGGCCGGCAAAGAUGGAUUAUUGGUAAUGCAUUUUGUAGAAAAUGCUCAUCAUCCAAUGAACCACGUAAGUGAUGUCGCAGUUGACAUAUCACCUGCUGGUACCAUAGCUGUUGCAGUAAGCAGUCAGUUGAGUUUGAAGAAUGAAUCAUUGAUUGAACAAAGGAAAGCGCGCAAAGGUGAAGCAUUUGCACCGAGGAGACGGAAGUAUGAUCCUUUCCAGUCGAGCAUUCCCAGUUAUUUGAUUUGCUGUGAACCAACUGAAACAAAUGUUCAACUUUCACCACAACACUUUAUUACUUUAGCUAGAAGAUACAAACUGUAUGGUGAAGACGCUUCAUCAUUAUGUUUUCAUAAUAGCCGUGUAGCUGAAAAUAUAAAGAAAUAUGAUAUUGCUCAUACAUGGCGUAUUGUCGGUUUUAUUUGUUCAUUUACCUCAUUUUUUGAAAAAGCAUCAAGCGAGGAAGCUUCUCCUGGUAGCCAUGAAAAUACAAAUACUAAAGAUAACGGUGCUAGUGCAAGCGAUGCAGCAGUGCGAUCUCGCUUUCCCUCAAGUUUGUCAUCUGGCGGAAUGAUGCGAAACGUGGAUGGCCAAGAUGUUACGGAAUCGAUAUUUUCCGGCGUAGUUCCACAAAUAGCUUUUACUUCAGCAGAUUUCUUUUUUGGUGAUAACGAACUGAACCUUAAUGGACUGAAUAUAGAUUCUUCAGAAUUCACGCUUCCAUAUGAUUUUAAAGCUCCAACAAAUUUGAAGAUGGAAGCUUUUACACCUCGACCGUAUGAAGAAUUUGAAGCUGGUGAAACAAGUUGCUCUCUGAGUUCCGAGGAGCAUCUUGAUGACAGAAUGCCAAAUCAUACAAGCGAACUGAAACGAUGUCAGAUUGGAAAUCUGAGAAUCAGAACUGAACUUGCCUGUACCCCAUCGUGGGAUCCACUUCCUUUGUUAUGUUCUAUGUUCAAUUUUUACUCUGAUUUGGGUGACGUACAAACAUGUGUAUCUGUACUACUAAUACUGGGAGAAAAAUCGAAAGAAUUCAUCGAUUUAGGUACUCAAAAGCUGUGGUUCCUGGAUUAUAUUGAUAUGCUUGAAUGUUACGAAUUAUGGAAUACAGCCGCUGAAGUAAUCAAAUUAUGUUGGAUUGCAGCUGUUAAUAGUCUAAGCAAUGAGAGUACUUCGAUUAAACUAUUGUGUACCAAAUGCAAGACAGUAUCUGUGACAUCAUCACCCUACUGCAAGAAAUGUCUGAAGAAUUCUUUGCCAGUUCACGGUAUUUGGAGUUGGUGUCGUGGUUGUACACACGGUGGUCAUCCUCAGCAUUAUGCGGAAUGGUUUGCUUUAAACAAAAAAUGUCCAACUGGAUGUGGUCAUUCUUGUGUUCAAUAA